AUGGACGACCUCUACGCAAACGCAUGGAGUGACCCUCCAGAUCCUCCUCUUGCUGGCCUGAAACCAUCAGCAAGCUCAGGCUCGUCCUGGGUGUCCCCGAGACUCCCGGACUUGGACGAGGAAGCGGACCUUGCAGCACCCUCCUGGUCUACUGGUGCCGAUAUUCGCUGGAGCGAACCGUCAGACAAUACUGGCUUUUCAUGGUCUCAGGCAGAGCCCGAUUUGGCUUGGAGUACGACGAACAAGUACGAGAGCAUCCAAAUCGGACAGUCUCCUAGUGUCCAAACCGAACAGGAAACGCCAUCCUUCCCGCUCGAGGAAGAGCGAGCUUGUACACCCUCGCCGCCUCCGUCUCCGUGUUCUCCGUCUCCCGGAACGCCUGCUUCCGUCACGGCUUCACCUGAGCGCAUAAAUAUCAUCGCAGUCUCUCUCCAGUCACCAGAAUUUGACCCACCGCCUACCUCUGCCGAUCUCGAUGGUGGCUUUGGGACGUUCGAGUCUGCUAUAGUCCCGGAUGAAGAAACUGCAGUUGCUCUAGAAACUACUGACGUAACCGCAGACGCUUGGGGCACUGCAUGGGCAGCUUCGGAAGGGACAGAGACAAAUACAGCGGCACAGCAGGCGGACGAGUGGGAGGUUGCAAAGCAGCAGAAGGCUAAGCGUGAUCGUAGAGUUCCCCCGGAGUCGUUGGCGACCAUCCUCGGAGAAUGCGAGCAGUUUAUUCGUGAGGCAUGGCCAGCACCGGAGUCCGAUCCAUCUAAGAAGGAUGAUUGGCGAAGCAGCACGAAUGGCGGCAUGGAGGCUGUUGAAGGUCUCGACUCGUUCAUUCAGACAUUCCUACCGCCUCUGUCUCUCCAGCCGCCGGUGCAGUUUGGCAAAACCACCGUUGCGAAACGGGUGGCUACGUCCGUGCGUCUGACCAAGAACAUGGCCGUGACGAAAGGCAGCCCCAUGUCGCAUUAUCUCGCGGCGAAGGGCUCGACUGCCUGGGAGGCUGCGGUCAAACAGCGUAAGGAGGUGGCUGAAGAUGACAUCGUACCAUCCGGCUGGCGCAUCUUAGAGAAGGAGCCUGCGAGCGGCGCGGCAGCGGAGACGGCCAAGGAGAAGAAGCCCGCUGGGAGGCUGUUCUCGUUUUGGGGCAGGAGGGAGUCUGGCAUCACGCACUCGCGGACGCCAUCAAGCAAGGAUGCGGAGGAAAACGCCGCUGUGGGCAGCGCGAAAGGCGCAGGGGACCCCCCGAGCCAUUCCAGGCGUCCAAGUCAGGACAGCGUCAGAUCGUCCAUGAGGAGCAGCGUCGACACGGUCACUUCGCCCGUGCAAACGGCCGCCUCAUCCGUCUCAUCUCUACCCACAACCGUCGCCAGCACGGCCUCUUUGUCAGGCCCUGCCUCAUCGGCGACGGCGUCGCAGAUACCGUCCUAUGCUGACGCGCCAGAGCCGCACGUAGACCCGUCAGAGGCGCCUCAGCCCGCACCAUCAGCUGUAUCGCGCUUCUUGAACCGCUUCUCCAGACGGCGGAGCGCCAUGGGCUCUGGCAGCCCACGAAACUCACUCGCGCUAUCGUCGGAGGAUCUUGAGUUCCUCUCGGACAUUGUCCCAAGCGCAAGUGACGAGAAUGAGAGCGACCACGAUGGCGGUGCGAACGCGAAGGCGCUCGCAGCCAUUCUUAAGCCUCCGUCGCUGCCACCGAUUCUUCCCCCGCCACCAGCACCCUCGCGCAGUGCCACGACAUCGUCGAAUAGCCCCGCCAGCGCCGGAUCGAACAUAGAGUCGCCCAUAGCGAGCCUGGACUCAUUCUUCAACGCGCUCGAGUCUGGUGCUUCUGGCGCUGCUGGUUUGUCUGACUCUCCCCACUCGAGUGCCCUACCCAUGCAGCCUACAUUGGCCGCCCCUACCUUGAAGCCCUCGAGACCCAGCACACCCAGUGUUCCUGCAAUCCCGACUCCGUCCUCGAAGCGCGACACGCGACCAUCAAGCCCGUCCCCGCUAUCUGUGACGUCCGCAAAGCAGUCGUCGGCGCCCUUCUACCUCCCCUCACCUCCGUCUUCUCGCUCGCAGACGCCUGUUUCUGUACCAACUCCUGCCGGCCCAUCUAUGAACCAGGAUAACAAAAGCAGGAGCGGGUCGUUCCGAGAAAACGCGCCGCCUCCGCUACUCCCGCCGCCCCGUCCCUCGUCGUCAACAUACAUGCGACAGCGACCAGCUGAGACCGAGAACCAGCCUGACACGCCCACUUCUGGUAUGCCUCUUGCCCAGCUAUACCCGAAUGCGCGCAUGGUCAGCUCUCAGACGACUGGCGGCGUAGACGCAGGGCGUCGACCGACACCCACACCAGCUUUCUCUCUACCGCCACCACCUUCUGUCCGCUCCCAGAGCGAAGCACACCUCCCGCCGCCUCUGGCGCCGCCCCCGAUGGCAUCUGUGCAGUCAGCACCUCCGAAACGACCUGCUUCCUUGCCAUUGACCUCAUUCGACGACGAUGACGACGAGUUCACGGACUUCUUGUCUUCGGCUACGGUGCCUGUGCAGUCUAAGCCGAUCAUGCCCGCACGGCCCUCUAUGUCGCGCAAGGCUACCCCGACGGCCAUCCCGAAGGCGUCGAACGCCGCAGGGCCAGCUCUUACGCUGCCCAUACCCGGGACGUCACCGCCUGCACGGCGGCCAGCCACUUCAGCCGCACAGACAUUUGCAACUGCCUCCGACCCCUUCGGAGACGACGACUUCUCAGACUUCCAUUUCUCUUCCGCCACGUCCCUGCACCCCCCGCAGUCCGCGCUGUCCUUCGACUCGCCCUCGUUCUCGGACUUCAGCGCGUCCACGUCCGCGACGCUCCUGCACGCGCAGUCAGAGACAUCUCCCGUCUUUGAGUCCCCGGCGCCCGACGACAGCUUCUCGUCGGAGCAGUCGUUCCUCACCCCAGCGCGACCGUCUGGGUUCGACGUCAAUGCCAUCUCGCCUGUCCUCCGCACGCCUUCGCCGCCCCGGCCGAUCUCCAAGAUGCCCCCGCCCUUCUCAUUGCCCCUUUCGGCGGCGGCCGCGGAGCAGGAUUCGCAGCGCCCUCGCGCAGGAUCCAACGCGCGUCUGAACAAAGCGGCAUCCCACCUGCAUGCUCUCAAUUUGGUGGAACGCGCGGCACAGCGUCCCGGCCGAUGGCCGGCGCCCCCCUCGCCCCUGCCUAAAAUUCCAGGACCGAUCCCGGGGCCCCCGUCGGCGGCCAGCAGCGCUCAUGUUGACCUGCUGGGCGACGACGGUUCUCCGGGGCGACCAUCGGCACCGGAGAUGUCGAUGUCGCUAUCUUCGCCUGCCGUCGUUGGGUCGCGUCAGGCGGCAGCUUCGAAUGGCGCUAUGAGCGGCCUGGGCUUUGGGAACAUCUCCAUCCGCCCGACGCCGAUGUCUCACUCGCAGUCUCUGCAAGGUUCCUUGUUUGGCAUCCCCCAGAGCGUAUCAUCCGCGGGGGCCAUGCAGUCAAUACCGCUGGCACCUCGGCCUACCACCCUCGCGCCUUCAUCCUCUCAAUCAUCGUCAAAGACGGGCGGGUUAUCCGCCCAGGAUCUGCUGUUCUUCGAGGGUUUGUAG